GUGAAAGGAUCGUUACAUCGUGUUGUUUUAUCAACCAUGGCAAGCAAUGCUCAAAGCCAGACACUGUUGGUUGCGGCUUUCGACUUCGGAACCACAUACAGCGGCUAUGCGUUCUCAUUCCGAGACGACCCCAACAAGAUUCAGACAAACCAGAACUGGUACGCCGGGGGCGGGGCCUCAAGAUUGGUGUCACUGAAAACACCUACAUCUGUCCUUCUGAACCCAAAGGGAGAGUUUGACAAGUUUGGUUUCGAGGCUGAAGACAAAUACGCAACCCUAGCUGAAGAUGAUGAGCACCACGGCUGGAGGCUUUUUCGGAGGUUUAAGAUGGUUCUGCAUAAUAAUGAGCACUUGACGAAAGACGUUACGGUAGAGGACUUUAGUGGAAAACAGAUGACGGCUUUCCCGCUGUUUGUCAUGUCGAUCAAAUACCUGAGAGAACAUCUACUAAAGGCGGUUACUACGCAAAAGAUAGGACUCGAGGAGACUGACAUAUUGUACGUGCUGACCGUUCCGGCUAUCUGGGAUGACAAUGCCAAGAGAUUCAUGAGGGACGCGGCUAUAGAAGCUGGAGUAGACCCAAACCGCCUUAAGCUGGCCUUGGAGCCUGAAUGUGCCUCGAUCUGGUGCGAGACGUUGGAUAUGGACGUCAAAGGCGCUGUAGCGAUACAAGGGUCACAGUACAUGGUAGUCGAUCUUGGAGGAGGCACCGCAGAUAUAUCUGUCCAUGAAAGAAAACCAGAUGGAACUCUGAAGGAAAUCUACAAAGCCAGUGGGGGCCCGUGGGGAGGCAUCUAUGUGGAUGAAAAUUACAUGAAAAUGUUGAAUAAACUUUUUGGGGAAAAAGCUCUCACUGACCUCCGAAAGACUGAAAUGAAUGAUUAUUUCGACGUCACUCGAGAAUUUGAACAUAAGAAACGGUCAUUUGACACUGACAUAACAAAGCAGAUACUUGUUCGUAUUUCUGCCUCGCUGAGAGAUCUUGCAGAAAUGAAUUGUUCCAAAUCUUUAGAGGAACGAAUUUCGUCCUUAAAAGUGCGGGAAAAUGCCAUCACCACGAGAGGCAAAGACAAGCUGAAGAUUGAUACAACAGUUGUCCAAUCAUGGUUUAAAAGACCAAUCGAUCGGCUGAUCCAGCACCUGAAGUCUCUUUUAGCUGAACCAAAGAUAAAAAGCGUGCAAACCGUUAUUCUGGUGGGCGGUUUCGGUGAAAGUCCGUACGUUCAGGAGAGAAUGAGGAAUGAAAUACCUGACGUGAGACUUAUCGUCCCUGCUGACGCGGGCCUCGUCGUGUUAAAAGGCGCCGUUAGGUUUGGACACAACCCCGCUAUUGUCUCCUCAAGGGUCAUGAAAUACACGUAUGGGACAAGGGUGUAUGACACGUUUGAUGAACAGAAGCACCCAGAGGAGAAGAAGGUUUGGAUAAAUGGAAAGUGGUGGUUGGAUAAAUGUUUCAAGGUGUACGUGCGAGUAAACGAGGAGGUGAGAGUGGACCAACAGGUGACCAGGAAGAAUAUUCCUGCUAGUGAAAUAACCCACACACCCGUCUACAGAACGACACAGGAGAACCCCGAGUACGUAACAGACUCCGGAUGUGAACUGUUAGGGACAGUUGAGCUCGAAAACAGCACCGAUAUUCCAUAUGAACAGCAGAGAUUAGUAACUACGUUUAUGUUCGGGGAUACAGAACUUCUCGUCAAAAUGAAGAACACGAUCACUGGAAAACAAGCAUACAUGACCUUUGAGUGCUCUAAGUGAAACGUUUUGGUGACUUGUAUUACCUUCUCGCAAACUCUAGAGUGAUUUCGUAUGUUUUGCAAACUAUAUGAAUAUCUUUAAGUCUGUGUAUGCACAUAUAAUUUUUUGUUUCUAUCUCCAUACCAAAAUGCCUUUCUAUACAGGAUUAGAAAUGAAAAGAAAUAUUUUAAUCAUAAAUUUUAAACUGAAAGUUAAUAUGCAGGAAACUCGAAUGAUUUUAAAAAUACUUUAAAAGUGACAGUUGAAGUGUUUGAACAGAUAAAUGUUCUAUAUCAGAGGUAACAACUAUACCAGUAACAUUGACACUCUGUACUUGUACAGAUUAUGCGCCUUUUUCCAGCCAGUUCAUACAUCAAUGAAACCCAUAAAAUAAUAUUCAAUUCUUAACACACAACGUCACAUUUCAACAGAACGCAUGUGCCCUGAAUAAAUCAUAUGUUUUGGUCUAUGUCAUGGAAUGGUCAGCGAAAAAUUGGGUUAACUAAACUAGUUUUGAUACACUCAUCAAUUACAGUAAAUUUAAUCCUUUUCGGAACCAAAAUCAUGGUAUUUAACAUCAAUCAGUGUAAAAUGUUUACACAACGCGAAUUUAGAAUUAUUUUUUUUCUGUCUACUUCAAUCUUGUCACUGGUUUUCAUAUUUCAAAUAAAUUAUGUGCCCCCACCACCCAAGAAAACAAUGAAAAAAACUUAUUUGAUAUAUGAAGAAGGAAAACAUACUCUACGAUAAAUAAUUUCAGUAAUACACCUCUUUUAUGGCCAUGAAACGCCAUUUAAAUAAUUUUGGCCGUGGAAAACCCGUAUUACAUAAUAUUGGCCUAAAGAAAAGUCAGCUUUCGCUGAAAUUAAUGUCCAUUAUAUAAGAUUGUCCGUAAACAACCGUCUACUUUGGCCGUAAUGAACGUUCAUUACAUGAAAUAGUCCGUAAUAAAGUCCACUUUUGCCACAAUAAACGUCUUUUACAUAAUAUUGGCCCUAAUGAACGUCCAUUGCAUGUCAGGCACAGUAUUAAUAUCAACUGUUGUUACAAUAAACGUUUAUUACAUAGUAUUGGCCGUAAAACGUCCUUUAUUGCCAUGAUAAACGUACAUUUCGUAAUAGCGACAAAAGUCAAUUGCAUAAUAGUGGCCUCAACAAAUUCCACAUUGAAAAAACAACAACAUUCUUUUACCAAAAAAAAACACAAAAAAACAACAACAUCCAAUGCAUAGAAUGGCAGUAUUAAAAGUCUAUUUCAUAAUGUUUACCCCAAGAAAGUCCACUUUGGCAAUAAUUAACAUCCGUCUCAGACAUGUACAAUUUUGCCAAUAGAAACCUCAAUACUAUAAUUGUAAUAGAGGGCGUAAGAAACGUUCAGUUUUGCCAUGUGAACUUUCCGUUAGAUAAUAGUACCAAAACAAACGUCCUUUAUGACCAUAAGAAACGGCCAUGACUAUAAGUAUCUUCCAUGGCCGAGAGUGUAAGAUAGGUUCAUUCCGACCCGAGCGUAGGGUGUUUUGCGGAAACGAGGUUUACCUGCGCGAGGGUCGGGAUGAACCUAUCUUAUACGAGCGGCUAUGGUAGAUGUUUUUUCUCCCACUUCAUUUAAACAAAAUUAAGUAAAAACGUAUUUUCUGCCGAAACUCUUUUUUGCUUAGUGAAAAUAAUUGCGUAUUGAUAUGCGAUAGCACGUGGUUGUCAUGGGUAUACGCGCAGUGAUCCAGUGAAUGUUAAUAGUCAAACCGGUCUUUUUAAAAAGUUCUAAGGAGACUGAAGCAUUAUUUCUUGAAUGGUGUCUGAAAACUGUUUAAUGGUGACAUUUGAAGCGAGAAAUAUUUAAUUAGCGUUCCAAAUAUUACCAUAAGACAAGAUUUCUUGAUGCUACUGACGACAAUCUUCAACAAGGGAGGUAAUUACAAU